AUGAAUAAUAUCUAUGUGUCGUCAAAACUACUUCGUGAAAUUUCUGAGAGAAAUUCUUCUGAAUAUAACGUAAUUAUAUAUGGUCUUCCUGAGUCGAAUUCGCCUUCAAUUAAUCAAAGAAUCUCUGAUGAUUGCGCUGAGCUAUCUAGUGCUUUGUCACCCAUUCAAAUUGAUUUACCUAUUGAUUUCAAAUUAAUUCGCCUUGGUAAUAAUAAGGCCCGGAAACCUAGACCGAUAAAAAUAAUUUGUAAGUCAAAAGAAAAUGCAGCUCAACUCAUAUCCGAAUUCAGGCAGGCAGUUAGAAGUGGAGGUAGUGUUCGUGAUGGUCUUCGAAUAACCCGAGACAAGACUUCGUUGGAACGGGAGAUACUCCGUACUGCUCAUAUAGAACUUGAAAAUAGAAACAAAUCUGGCGAGUCAAAUUUAACUUGGCUCUCCUCGGAUAUUGUGGAUGCAGAAUUAGGUCUUACUGGAUUUAUAGUAUUCAGAGCUGAUAGAAAUGUAUAUACCAGUACAUGUACUAGAGGUGGUGGGGUCUUGAUAGCGGUGAGACAGACAUUAUGUCCCUCUUUAUUAUGUUGUGCUGUACAGUCAGUCGAACAGCUAUUUAUUAAAUUAUCCUUAUCUAAGAAAUGUUUAUUACUUAUAGGAGGAGUAUAUAUACCACCGUCAGCCCCGAUCGAGUUAUACACGGCACAUGCUGAAACUGUUGAUGAAUUGUGGCAGUCUUCUGGGUGUAAUAUGGGAAUUAUAUGUGGUGACUUCAAUUUACCAAAUGUUAAUUGGCAUAAUAGUGUCUCGGGAUUGUCAUUAUCGGGUACCGUUAAUGAUAAUGUCAAGGCAAUAGGUGAUAUAUAUCGUUUUUUAGAUUUUUCUCAAAAUAAUUCCAUUAGAAACCAUAUUGGUUCACUCUUAGACCUUGUUUUCACAUCUGAAAUAGACAUAGUUGUUGACACAUCACUAGACUCAUUAGUUACGCCAGAUAAGUAUCAUCCACCAUUAAGCAUUACAUAUUCCAUGCCCGAUGUGCCACCUCAAUUGGACGAUCAACACUCAUUUCGUAAUUUUAAUUGUGCCGAUUAUAACUCGAUUACUAAUAAUAUGAGCUCCAUUAAUUGGGAAAGUGAGUUUAACAAUCUUGGAAUCGAAGCUGCAGCUAAUCGUCUACAAACAAUUUUAAUAACGUUAAUUGAGCAAUAUGUACCACUCCAUAUAUUUCGUCGCUCAACUUUCCCCAAAUGGGUAACACUCAAAUUGAAACGUUUAAUCAUUAGCAAAAAAAUUGCACACAAAAAAUUGAAACAGUUCGGCACAAUGCACUAUCGUCAUAGAUUUUCUUUAUUACGUGCUCAAGUAAAACUUGAGUCAAGGCUGGCAUAUGAGUCUUAUCUAGGUAAGAUAAAUACUUCCCUCCAGAAUGACCCACAUAAAUUUUGGUCGUUUAUCAAUAAUCGCCGAAAUACAUCAGGUAUCCCUAAUGUGAUGCAUUAUGGUGAUAUUAUUGCAUCAGAUAUAGAUAUUGCGAAUCUAUUUGCACUCCUUUUCAAUUCCGUUUACAAAUCACCGUUACCCCCUCCACACUGGAAUACUGAAAAUAUUGGCAUUAAACCAUUUACAUUUUUGCCUUCUAGACUUACUAUUGAAUUUAAUGAGGUCGAAGAAAAUUUACUAUCCUUGAGAACAACUAAGAGUCGUGGGCCUGAUGGUAUAUCAGCCCAAUUUUUAUUUAAUAUUAGGGCACAGUUAAAAUAUCCUCUAUUCUACUUAUUUAACCUCUCAUUAGCCGAAGGUAUAUUUCCAUCAAUAUGGAAAACGAGCCAGUCCUAUCAACAAAUCAACAUGGGUUUUAUGGCGGUCGUUCCACAACAACUAGUGCCUUAG